GUUUUUCUCGUGUCGUGACCCUAAAGAGAAAAGAGGAGUGGUUAAAGUUUGUCGAGGAGAGUUCACUGGAGUCACCGGGGUCUUGUUUUGACAGUUCUGAGAGCUGACAAAUGACAGACGCAGCUGUGGGCGCAGAGAAAUAGGAGAACCGGGGGCAGACAGCGGAGGCUCAGCCCGACUCAGCCCGACAUGAGGCGCGGACAUCAGGCGGCGUGGACAGCUCUCAAGCCCCGGUGGUGACGGCUGCCUUCUGCGUAACUCGGGAUACUUUUUUAUAACUUUACACCGCUUGGAACAUUUAAUACGUGCAGGGAUUAAAAAUAAGUUACAUCUUUUUGAAUUAAAAAAGGAAAACAUUUUAUUUAUUUAGCUAACAACGCACCGCGAACUGAAUGACCUCGAAUGACAAUUAUGUCUCAAGUGGAAAUAGCCGUUUACUGCUUUAUCUCGUUAUUUUCCCGUCUUUUUUCACGUUUUUGCACGUUUUAGCACUUUUAUCUGUCCAAAUCUGGGAGAAUAUCUGAUUUAUCGUCGCUGGGAAGUUUUUUUAAACCCUAAAAACAAUCACCAUGUCCCCGCUGCAGUUGGCUGUUUACUGGCGCUUAUCGCUCGUUUUCGUUUUCUCGGCGUUUCUCUUCUUUUUGGACAUUUUAACGGCUGCGGCGGUGGUGGACACGUGUAGCCAUGACAACCGCACCGAAGCAGCCGCGAGGGCAGCUUUCAACCAAUCAGAGCCCGCGGAAUUAUCGGAGCCCAUCGCUGAUUGGACGGUUUUCACGUGGAGCCAAGAGUCCGUGUGCAGAUGGAGGGGGUGGCUGUGUUAUGGUCAGACUCUCUUCAUGGUCGGGCUGCUCCUCGGCUCUCUGGUGGGAGGAGCCAUUUCAGACAGGUUCGGUAAGCGUCCGGUGCUCUUGGCGUGCGUCUUCGUCCACUCUUUCUGCGGCCUGGUCCCCGCUCUGGUCUCUCAGCCGCUCGUCUUCCUCGUUGUUCGAUGUCUCACUGGACUCUGCUCCUGCAUCAUCAACAACUGCGCCUUCAGCCUGGCGGUGGAGUGGACCCUGCCCCCCUUUCGUCUCUGGCCGCCCGUCCUCCCGUUCUGCUUUAGUCUGGGGACGAUGGGCGGAGCCGUUUUGGCCUGGAUCACCCCCACCUGGACCUGGCUGCACCUGACGCUGUCCCUGCCGCAGAUCGCCUGUCUCCCGCUCUUCUAUUGGAUCCCGGAGUCUCCGCGUUGGCUGCUGCUGAAGAAGAGGAUGGACGUUUUGGAGCGUUACCGCGGCAACAGCAAAAAGGACAAACACUGUCUCGACCAACUGCUGGACUCCGCGUACUCUGAGCUGCAGAAAGCCGCUGAGGCCAAAAUAGAGACCGACUCCGCCCACUGUGACACCAUCCACCUGCGCCACCCCACCGUCCUCAAACGCCUCUUCAUCAUGAGCUACAUCAGCGUGGCCUCGGCGCUGACGUACUACGGCAUCUGUCUGAACAUCGGAUCGUUUGGCGUCGGCGUCUACUCCGCCCAGUUUUUCUCGGGCCUGUCGGAAGCGCCCUGCCUCCUCGUCCCUCUGAUCAGCCUGGGACGCCGACCGAUCACGAUCCUCGCGCUGUUCCUGAGCGGCGCCGCCUGCUUCCUGUCGCUGCUCAUGUCGAAGUACAACUGUGAGGCCGUGCUGGUCAUGUCCUCUGCUCUUCUGGGGAAGCUCUGUAUCUUAAUGGCCACGCUCAUCUCCAACCUGUACAGCAUCGAGCUCUUCCCCACCAUCGUCAGGCAGCGCUGUGUGUCUCUGGUGAACCUCUGCUUUCGACUCGGAUGCCUCGCCAACACCUUAGUCCCGCCCAGUUCAGACGGAGCGAUCUCAUUGGCUGCGAUGUUGGUGUACAGCAGCGGACCAAUCGUGGGCUGCGGUUUGUGCCUGUUGCUCCCGGAAACGAGCGGACUGCCACUUCCCGAUUCUGUUUACGACUGUCAACAACAAAAUAAACAAACAAGAAAUGGGACCGACAGCAGCAACAACGCCCUCUGCUGGAGACGGUCGUGUGUAAACUCCCACAGCUCGCAGACAGAGACACCAACCAAAGAACCUCUGGGACUCCUGCUCUGAGCUCCCACAACGCACCAGGAGAAUAUUGGGCAACUUCCGAAGGUUUUUGGUUCAUCUUGGACUCAACCCUGGAAAACACUGGCCCAGUUACAAAAGCCGUUAAAGGAGAAUUUCAGUUAGAGCCACAUAAAGAUUGGACUCCACAUUUCUCCAAAACACACUUAAGAUCAUUAUAUUCAAGAUUUUACUAAACAUUUUACACUUUCUUUGGAUUUUCAUGACGUAGAGUAAGACAAAACCCAUAUAAUGUACACGAAAACAUCUUUUAUUUUGUUGAAAUCAUGUUUAAAGCAUCACACUACACACACUACACAUGGCAGCCAAUUCACAACUGGAAUUCCUUUUCUCUCUUUUUCUUCAGUUUUUUGUUUUGUUUUUUUUUCUCCCCUUUUCACUCUCCCAUUAAAAAAAUUAUAAUAAUAAAAAUUAAAAAAAUUGUCCCUAUACUUAAACCAAUAUUAUUUUCACCAUCAUCAUUUCCUUUCAUAAUUUUUUGUCAUUUAUUACAAACUCAAAUCAUAAUUUUAAAGGCCUGACAUGUCCAUAGAAACAAGCAGGUGACAGACCCAUAACCAGAAAGUUACACAAUGCAGCUUUAAGAUUAGUCCUAUGAAUGUAUAAAUUGUUUAGUAUUUUUAGCGCGUGGUAUUGGAGCAGAAUCUCAUUCCCUGAUGCUUUUCAUAAGAAAUUUUCAAAACGUCCACAAAAAAUCCACAAAAGUUUUCUCUGAUAAUUUCUAUAAGUGACCACAACAUCUGGAAGGGCAUCUGACACACAGCAACAUCUGCAGAAUAACUAGAGACAUUUGACAUUUAUUUGUUUUGUAUAAUUUUUUUGUAGCUUUUUCUAUUGUGCUCCUCAAAAGUAAAAUAUUACACUACGUUCUUUAAACUGAAAAUGGGGAAAUAUUUUGACUUUUUAAAUGUCUUUUAGCAAAUAAAAUAAAUAUUUGUUUGAUAA